CAAGGAGCGAAUGAAGAAUGAGCUUGCGAGGAAUGAGUGUGUGUGUGAAAGAGAGAGAAAUACAGUGAGAGACAGAGAAAGAAAAGAGCUGUGCUUUUGUUUCCUCCGAGCUCACGUCCCGUUUCCCCCCUGAUCUCCCUGGGAAAUUCGGUUCAAUAUUUUUUCUCCUUUCUCGUUACUCGUGUGUCUCCCCGUUUCGGGAGGAGGGUGAGAAAUAGACUGAACGAGAGGGAGGAGGAGAAAACCUCAGGCAGAGAAAGAGAGAGGGGGAAAUAGCUCUAGCCCGUAGCCAGACUUUGCCUGCUUAUUCAGCGCCGAGUGCUGCACUGCGCCGUUUCCAGUUGUGGGAUGUUGAGAUCUGCCUUUGGCUGCACUUCUCGCGCUCACAUAAAGACUCUUUAGACAUUUUUAUGCUCGUUUUCUUGGAGGAGGAGUGAGAGAGGGAGAGACUGGCCAGACCUAUUAGCCUGGAGCCUGAAACACACACACACACACACACACACACCAACUCUCUCUCUAUCUAUCUCUCUCUCCGACACACACACACUUGUACACUCCUCCAGCUCCGUGCUGCACCAAGGUAACAGUGAGUGGAUUUAGCUUUAGCCAUCUGGAUCGGAGAGCGCAGAGAAAACCUCUCUGCUGCACAGAGAGAGGGGGGGGAAAGGACCAUGCAGCACUAAAAAACACAGAGAGAACCAAAGAGUGAAAGAGAGAACGACACACACACACACACUGAGAGAGGAUGGCCACCGCAGUGUUUCAGGUGUCUUCGUCUUGUGUUCCAGCGACAAACUACGAGCUGGCACCGAGCAGUGACCUCCCUCUCAAACAUGUAGACACCAUGGGCUCAACAAAGUCUUCAAAGAGCAUGGAGUCACGGCGCAGACCAUCGAGGAGUGUGAGUCUGCUGCAGGCCCUGGAUGAGAGCUACGAGUUGGACCUGAUCUACAUCACAGAGAGGAUCAUCUCCGUCUCCUUCCCCAGCAGUGUGGAAGAGCAGAGCUACGCCGCCAACCUGCGGGAGGUCGCCUCCAUGCUGCGCUCCAAACACGGCCACAACUACCUGCUCUUCAACCUCAGUGAGAAGCGUUAUGACAUCAGCCAACUUAAUCCAAAGGUGUUGGACUUCGGCUGGCCUGACCACCAUGCUCCAGCCCUGGACAAAAUCUGCAGCAUCUGCAAGGCCAUGGACACCUGGCUGAGUGCGGACAGCCACAAUGUGGUGGUCAUACACAACAAGGGCAAUCGGGGCAGAACUGGAGUGGUGGUGGCAGCCUACAUGCAUUACAGCAACAUAUCUGCCAGUGCUGACCAAGCUCUGGACAGGUUUGCCAUGAAGCGCUUCUAUGAAGACAAAGUGCUUCCUGUGGGCCAGCCAUCUCAGAAAAGGUAUGUGGAGUACUUCAGCGGCUUGCUCUCCGGACACAUCAAGAUCAACAACAAACCCCUGUUCCUACACCAUGUCAUCAUGCACGGCAUUCCCAACUUCGAGUCUAAAGGAGGUUGUCGUCCUUUUCUCAAAAUCUACCAGGCCAUGCAGCCCGUGUACACAUCUGGCAUCUAUAAUGUUCAGGGUGACAGCCAGACCAGCAUCUGUAUCACCAUUGAACCUGGUCUUCUUCUGAAAGGGGACAUCCUGCUCAAGUGCUACCACAAGCGCUACCGUAGCCCGUGCCGAGACGUGAUAUUCCGGGUGCAGUUCCACACCUGCGCUGUUCACGACCUGGGGAUUGUGUUCGGGAAAGAUGAGCUUGAUGAGACGUUCAAAGAUGACAGGUUUCCAGAAUAUGGAAAAGUGGAGUUUAUUUUCUCCUUUGGACCAGAGAAGAUACAUGGUCAAGGUGUGGAUCAGCUGGAAAAUGGGCCGAGCGUCUCGGUUGACUACAACACACAAGACCCUCUGAUCCGCUGGGACUCCUACGAAAACUUCAAUCAGAGUUGUGAGGACAACACAGACGAGGUCAUCCAUACCGAAGGGCCCCUGGACGGCAGCCUCUAUGCCAAAGUUCGCAAAAAGGAGUCUGUUGAAGGAACGGUCACGGCGAACGGCCUCCCGCCCACUGCUGCUGAACACGCCCUACCUGCGGUUGACCAUGCCUUGUCGGUGAGCAGCGACUCAGGAAACUCUACUGCCUCCAUCAAAACUGACCGAACUGAUGAAGCGGCAGCCGCUCCACAGGCUUCCACGGUGAGCCAACAAACGCACGUUCCUGUAGGUGAGGAGCUGCCCUCGGUCCAUCAACACGCCCCGCCUGCACAACAGCCAAUCAGUCCCCAAGAGAAACAGGAGCUGGAGCAGCUGCUGAGCGGCUUGGAGGGGCCCAUGCAUCGACAGGGCUACCUGUCCACCCCGCCCUCUGCUGUUGGAGGCAUGCUUCACCUGGUUCCUGCCCAGGUCCAUGUCAAUGGGCACAAUAGCAUUGACCGGGAGACGGACAUUUUAGAUGAUGAGCUGCCCACCAGUCAAGAGGGCAACAGUGUGGACAGUCUGGGGACGUUCUCUUCCACAGACGGUCGGGCUACACCAGCUGAUCUUUACUACCAGCCCGAGUCACUUGUCAAUGGCCAGGACCAUGUGCCAUAUCUGGAGCGCAGUGUCCCAGAAAAGCCUCUGGAAACCGUCCAGUCACAGGUUGGCAUACCCAAAAAAUCUGUCACUCUGACCCAUAGUGAUUCAGCGCCAUUCUCUGGUAAUUACAUGGCUACCCAGAAUGGCAAUUUGUACCACUCUCAGUCAUUUGGUGCAGAGCCAAACUCUAUGCCACCAGCUCCCACCCGCACCACCAGUAGCAGGGAUGCCGUCCAGCGUGGUCUCAACGUUUGGCAGCAGUUCGGCGUACCAGAGGAGCCAGUGACUGAAGGCCUCAUUUUUAGUCCGCCUCCUACUGUAGCAGCGAUGCCCAGCCACCACAGCCUCCCACAGUUUCCUCAUCGCCACAGCGCCUCCCAGCAAGAAAUUGAGCAAUCUAUUGAAACCCUUAAUCUCCUCAUGUUGGACUUGGAACCAGGCCGUCCGCUGGUGCCAAAGUCCCAAAGUGCUCCACUGCGGGAAAACAGUGUUGUAGUGACCACCCAGCCGUCCUUUUCCCAGAGCCAACCCAGGCCCUCCCCCCAGCCCGACGCCGCCAUUCACACCCACUUUUCUGGCCCCGUGUCCAGCCUGGCCGGCCACUCGUCACCGGCUCAAGUGUCACCUGGGAAGCCUACUACACCGGAGCCUGCACCUAUCCAGGGAUCUCUGAGUUACACGUCUGAAAGGGCUGGAACGAGUCCUUCCCAACAAGCCUCCCCCACUGUAGCUGGUCACUUCCAGAUCAAACCCAUCAACAGCUAUCCACCAAGCACGUUGUCCCAGUCUGCAGAGGUCUCUGAGCCCCAGAGAAGCCCUAGCGCUGCCUCAGCAUCACCCCAGCCAAGAGAAAGUGAGCAAGAUGAAGUCUUCAACGUUGAAGGUCUGGUGGCCCAAAGAGUGGCUGAAUACUCGGCUCGUGUCCAACGUGUCAUCCCCAGCAUGACCUCUUCUCAGUCUGAGCACCGCCGCUCUCACUCCCUCUCGGGUGUCCAGGCCCGCGCAGUGUUCUUGGACGACCCAGCGACCCUGCCCCGCCACCGCAUCGCCAGCGACGGCCACUACCAGAACGCAUCCGACGACGGCCACUCUCCCGAUGUCCCACUUCGGUCCCCCAUCCGCUGUGUUUCUCCAGAGUUCGUCAACGCCUUAGCGAUGAACCCCGGAGGACGACCUAAGGAGAGACACAUGCACAGCUACCGUGAGGCCUUCGAGGAGAUGGACGGCGGCCCCAUCAGUCCUACACCCGUAGUUGGUGGUGAGGUGUUUCCCCAAACCCCUGCCUUCCCCAUCUCGCCGCAAACCCCUUACUUCAACCUGUGUCGGUCACCUCCUGGUCUUGCCAGGACUCCACUGUCAGCGCUGGGUUUGAAGCCCCACAACCCAGCAGAAAUCCUCCUCAAUCAAACAGGCUCAGAUGAUGAGAGCAGUGAGGAUGAGGAAGCACCAAGAAGCUAUGUGGAGUCUGUGGCGAGGUCGGCAGCGGCGGGCGGGGAGCAGCCCACGCCGCCUCGGAGCCUUAGCCCACCGGGAGAGACUACAGGCCAGCAGAGGAGUCCAAGCCCCUCCUCCCACACGCUGAACCCACCUUUGUCCAGCAGCAGCCCCAUCCAGAUCUCCCAGAGUGAUCACCCCUUAGCAGAGAGCAACGUUAGCACUCCGUCCCAACCCACUACUGAUUCGGGCUUCCGCUCCCAGGCUACAGAGAGUGCCUACCCCACUCCCACCCCCUCAUACCAAGCCCUGAACACCCCCGCUUCUUCCUACCUAGACUCCAGUUCUCCGACCUCUUCCUACCUUGGCACUACUACCCCUACACUAUCCUACCUUGGCCCCAACAUCAUGCUGGGGAGCUAUGCGACCUCAGAUCCCAGACCGCCCGCCUCAGAACCCUUCCAGACAACGCUCAGCCACGGAAGUCCCCGUGCACAGCACCGGACCAACGUCCUUGGCUCCCCCUACAACCCCCUCCUCCAGCAGCGCUCAUGUGCUAUUCAGGAUGGUUCUAUCAUAAUGGGCCAGCAAACAUCACCUGCUAACGGCUUUGAUUUGGGCAUGAUGGGUCUCGGUAGCAGUCCCAUCCUCGGUCGUCGUCCGUCUCAGGGAGCUCAGAGCAGCCCAGUCCUCAGCAGACAGGCCUCUUCGGGACCGGGGCCUCAGCGGAGCCCGGUCCUCAGCAGACAGCCGUCCCUGGGCCAUCCCAUGCAGAGCAGCCCCGUGCUCAGCCGACAGCCGUCCAUCACGAACCCCCAAGGAAGUCCAGUUUUGGGUCGUCACCCUUCUGUAUCGCAGGUGUCCCAGAGAAGCCCCAGUCUGGACCGUCACCCUAUGCACAGCGGUUACACCACCCCAGAUGAGAGACACGGGAACCUGUCACGACAAAGCAGCUCCUCGGGCUACCAGGGACCACCCACUCCCUCCUUCCCCAUCUCGCCUGCAGGCUACCAAGAUGGGGGGAUGAUGGGGAUGGGGAUGGGUGUAGGGUUCCGGCAGGGCAGCCCAGCCCCUGGUUUCCAGCCUCAGCUUCCAGAAAAGAGGCGCAUGUCGAGCGGCGAUAGACCGAACGGAGCAGUGUCCUACGGCACGCUGAACGGGAAGAUUAUGUCCCCAGCAGUGAGUGGAGGAAGCAAUCCCGGCUACUUCCACACCCUCUCUGACUUCUCCAGGUUCAAUAUGCCCGAUGGAAGUCCUGAGAGCAGGCUGAAUGUCAAGUUUGUCCAAGACACGUCCAAGUUCUGGUACAAGCCAGACAUUUCCAGGGAGCAAGCUAUUGGCCUGCUGAGAGAGAGGGAGCCUGGAGCCUUUGUUAUCCGGGACAGUCACUCGUUCAGAGGGGCGUACGGCUUGGCAAUGAAGGUGGCCUCUCCUCCACCGUCAGUGCAUCAGAACAAGAAAGGUGACAUCAACAACGAGCUGGUGAGGCACUUCCUGAUCGAGAGCAGCCCUAAAGGAGUGAAGCUGAAGGGGUGUCCCAACGAGCCUUACUUUGGCUGUCUGUCCGCCUUGGUCUACCAACAUGCUAUCACACCACUGGCCCUACCCUGCAAACUACUUAUCCCUACCACAGAUCUUAUUGAAGAAGUGCCAGAAGUCGCCACACCAAAUCCACUGGCCGAAAGGCUGAAACAAGGAGCAGUGCAGAGGGCCCCUGCUGAUUCCCAUGCAUGCAACGUGCUCUACAUCAACUCAGUGGAGAUGGAAUCACUGACGGGCCCUCAGGCUGUUGCCAAGGCCAUAUCUGAGACACUGGCUGCCGCUUCUCCAGCUCCUGCCACCAUUGUGCACUUCAAGGUGUCUUCGCAAGGCAUCACGCUGACCGACAACCAGAGGAAGCUUUUCUUCCGACGCCACUAUCCUACCAACACUGUCACGUUCUGCGAUACUGACCCUCAGGACAGAAAGUGGAACAAGCCUGAGGGAGGCACGGCCAAGCUGUUUGGGUUUGUGGCGCGUAAGCAGGGAAGCACAACGGACAACGUCAGCCACCUCUUCGCCGAGACGGACCCCGACCAGCCCGCCAGCGCUAUCGUCAACUUCGUCUCGAAGAUGAUCGCCGCGCAGAAACGAUGAGAGCUGUCAGCAAAAAAAAACCGGCGUGCUUUUUUUUUUUUUUUUAACGCCUUUGGUUAUUUCCUUGCCCUUUAACCUCAGACACUUAACUUUCUGUUUUGAACAAUUUAGCAUUUGGUUUUACGCGUCACCUUAUUUUUCCUGCUCUUUUUACAUUUGCGUGCGUGUCUGCGUGUGUUUGUGCAUGAAAGACGGAGAGUGUGUGGUGUAUGUAUGUGUGUGAGCGGCUUGCAUGCAUGUGCUUUUCUUCUUGGACGGACUCCAGAAUGGACCAGAGGAAGUGCAGGGAUGGGGCGUGGCUGUGUGUGACAAUGGGACGGGAGGCGAUUGGGAUCUCCCCUGGCAGGGUAACGCAUGAAACAGGAAGAGGGAAUGACAACGUGUGUGCAAAUGUUAUUUUUUAGCAAUUGUUUCAGUUUUUUAUUUUUUUAAAAGAAGAAGUCAAGUUGUGUGAUGUAAAGGUGGAUUGUAAAUCUAUCAGGCUUUUGACCAGUCAACCAAAGAUUUUAAAAAAAGUAGUCAGGGCGUGUAUAGUGUGCCACUGUCUGAGGGGUCGGAAGUAUUCUUUUGUAAAAACAAAUAUGGCUGCUUAAUCAAAAAUACUGAACUGUUUCUUUUCUGUAUGUACUGAUACUGUAGGUCAAUUCUGCACCGUCGCCGUCUUGCGAACAAUGUUGUCGGACAUUUUUUGCGGCUGGCGAGGUCUGUGUAAAUAUUCUAGGUUGCUUUAUGAGUAGGACUGUUCUAGAUGACAUUUGGUGCCUGACUUUCUUUUUGUAAUGCAGAGCUGCGUAGGAAAAAAAGAAGAACAUGAAACUUUCCGAGGCUCUUAAAUAUGCAAAAUAGCCAAACUUGGACAUAAGGUUGCUCUCCAAAAUUCCCACGGGUCCUUCGAUAUAGUAGUGCAACGGAUGUUAUUCCUCUGAAGUGCAGCUAGAGUCUGACAUUUAUCGGCUAAAACUGUUUCUCUUGUGCGUCAUCACUGAAGUCACUGAAUCACAAAGUCUCUUGAUCGCUUUGGUCAGACAAGUAAAGGAGAGGAUCUGCCAUCAUUUUCUGUUCAGCACAUCGCCACACUAUUCCACUCAUUACUGAAGGGCCUAACGUUUUUUUUGUGAGGACGAUCUUUAUAGAAAAGUCUAGUCCUGCUAUACCGCUCUUCAGUUUUCUGUGUUCAAACUUUCCGUCAAUAGAAAAGAAGCUCUUUGCGUCAGCCGGCCAAAACUGUUAACAACUCACACCCUACCCAAAAGUAAGCUAUACAUAUAAAUAUACAUAUAUAUAGAUAUAUAUUAAAAAAAAAACUUCCAAACAGUGACUUAAGAUAUUUAUUUUUUUGCUUUGUUGCUCUGUAUACAUGUAUUAUAAAGUAUACAUCAAGAUUACUGAAAACGAGAAGAAAAGCUUUUUAUUUUGGCUAAAGUCAAGUGCAUUGACAUAUAUAUAAGGUGUAAAGUGUGUGCAUUUCAAACUGUUGUUUUUUUAUGUUUUUUUCACAGCAUUACUUCCUUUUGUUAACAUUCUUGUUUUCUUGGGGAGGCUUUGUUUUUGUUUUUUUAAGUGAGGCGAAAAUAUUUUGUAUGAAAGAUUGCUGUUACUAAAGUCCAAAUUGGAGUUAUCCUAAAGCGAUGCCAACACAAUUGUUUUAUUAACUUAAACCUGCCUAGAAAAUACAUUGUCCAAGUUUAGCACUUAAAUGUUGAAGUAUUAUCGGUGUGUUUCUACAUGUCAAAAAAGAGAAGAUAUGGACAGACCCUCAUUUCAUGUCAUAAUAAUUGCAUGUGUGGAGGCAGACUUAACUAGUUCCUGUAGUUCUACAGUAACCUCAGCGUUGGUUCUGGAGCUUGUUCAUGGAAAACUAGUCAGAUCAGUAAGUAGCUGCUGCUGCCCUCAUGUGGUGCGGAAAAAUCAUUACAAAAGGAACCACUUUUAUUCUAACAGUGUUUUAGCUGUGAUUAUGGCACGUAAAAAGGGUAAACGUUUGAGUUAAGUAAUCUGAUCACUGAGAAAAUGAACUUCAAUUUUAAUUGCAUAUGCUAAUUUUCAUAACAAAUUAGUUUUCUUUUGCAUUUUAAAGGGGACAUAUUAUGAUUUUUUUUUUUUUUCAUUAUUAUGAAAAACUCACUUUUUCAGUGCUUAUGCAUAUACAUUUGAGUAUCUGGAGUGCAUACCAACCCGGAAACUGUGAAAUAAGACAACCCAGUCAGUUUUCUGGUAGGGUGGCUCGAUGAGAAAACGUGUGAUUCAACAAGACAUUCAGAUUUGGCUCCCCUUCCUAUGUCACAUGCAGGCUCAUUAGAAUAUACCGCCCACAGCUUGAGAACUACCUUUGCAAAGGUGCACCAUAUUUUUCUCGCAAGCAAAUCAGAGCAUACUGGGCUUUUUCUUAAAGAGACAGGCGCUAAAACGGAGUGUUUCAGACAGAGGAGGAAUACAGGUAUAUUCAGAUGGACAGAAUAAGAAAAAUAAUGUGUUUUUUGAACAUUAAAGCAUGUAAACAUGUUCUAGUAGAAACCCAAAAUACAACAAUAUGAACCUGGAACUGAGCAUGAUAUGUUCCCUUUAAAGUCCCAUUCAUUCAAGGAUUGAGUAGUAGCGGUUAUGACACCCUCCUUUAUGCCUGAUGCUCUAGGAUCACUUGGCAGCAUGAUGUAAACUAAUUAAAAAAGGGUUAGUUACAUUCUGACUCAAAUGUACUUCUUAAAAAAAUAAAUAAUAAUUCAGCACUUACAGGGCUUUUGUAUCUGACUAGAAUGUUCCAUUAUUUAUUAGCAAGAGCCUGCAUGCUCAAGUCAAGUUAUCUUAACGCUGCUGACUGUAAUCCGUACACAGUAUCCUCAAGUCUUACUCAACCCAGCCAGUUCCAGAAAGAUGCCCAUCGAUAGUUAUCAUCAGGUUUUGAUUUUCACGUGACGACUGACUGUGUCUUGACAGAGGAAUCUAUAUUUUUUGCCUUCAAAAUGCUCGUUGAGAAGAGAGGAUGUCCUCUUCUUCAAACUGAAUGUUCGCCAUUUGUUUGCCAAGAUGGAAACUCUAGUGGCGUCUGCCCACUUUGACAGAUCAGCCCGGACUGUAGAAUGUGUGUGAAUGAGCUACUAUGCCUGUAUAGAGCUUUGUCAUUUUUUUUGGUUUGCUACAUUGUAUGGCUUUUACUAUUUCUGAUGGAAAAAAAAAACACAUUAAAAAGCAGUACAAAUCAAAAAUGUA